GCCGACGACUCAACCAAAAACCGAGCUCCCCACUGAAUUCCUCAGAAAAAGUAAAGAGAGGAAAAGAAAGAAAAGAGUUUCCAUUUCCAAUUCUCUCAAUCAGAUUGUCGACUUUUCCUUCAUCAUUUCUCCACCGACCAUUUCCCCUCUCUUCUUCUUCCUCCUUUCCUUCGGAUUCAGCUCAGGUAUUUUCCUCGCCCAAUUCUUCUGUGUCAGCGCGGGGAGUUCCUCUGCUCCUACUUAGGAAUCUUUUUUUCUUCUUCCAUUUUUACAGCUCUCAGUUGGUAAUGCAAUCCUUGACUUGAAGACACCCUACCUUUCUAUUGUUUAAGUGGUGGGGUUUCUAUUCUGGGUAGGUUUGUUUUGGUGAGAUCUUUUGUGGGUUGUGAUUAUCUGGGUUCUGGAUGGGUCUGUAAAGUUUGUUUCUUUGCUCUAUUUCGUUCUUCAAUUGUUUUGGAGGUUGGGAGUUUUUGGAUUUCCUUGUGCUUUUUGUAGUCAGUGCUCUGUCUGACUGCUGCCGACUGUUCGGUGCUUUUGUCGAUUAUUGGGUUUUUAGCUUGGAUCUAUCUAGAUAUGAGCUCUAAGUUGUUGAUUGAGGUUUAAAAGUUCAUUUUUUAAUACUUCAUAUUGGAGGAUUGUGUUAAUCGUUCUGAGGAUGUUGACUGUGUUUAGCUUUUGCAGAAUUCUGUUGAACUCUCGAGAGAAGAUGUCAGGAGGUGGAAGUCAGAACAGCUUGAGGAAGGCACUUGGAUCCAUUAAGGAUACCACCACUGUUUCAUUGGCUAAAAUCAAUAGCGAUUACAAGGAAUUGGAUAUUGCUAUAGUCAAAGCCACCAAUCAUGUUGAACGACCUGCAAAGGAGAAGCAUAUAAGAGCUGUUUUUGCUGCUAUUUCAGCUACCAGGCCUCGUGCUGAUGUUGCAUAUUGCAUCCAUGGUCUUGCCAGAAGGUUAUCAAAGACGCAUAAUUGGGCGGUCGCCUUGAAAACUUUGGUUGUCAUCCAUCGAGCAUUGAGAGAAGUAGAUCCUACAUUUCACGAGGAACUCAUCAACUAUGGCAGAAGCAGAAGUCAUAUGCUCAACAUGUCUCAUUUUAAAGAUGAUUCCAGCCCGAAUGCAUGGGAUUAUUCUGCUUGGCUUCGCACUUAUGCCUUGUUUUUGGAGGAGAGGCUGGAAUCUUUCCGGAUAUUGAAAUAUGAUAUUGAGACAGAUCGACCUAGGACCAAAGAUCUGGAAACUGCUGAACUACUGGAGCAAUUGCCAGCCUUGCAGCAGCUUCUUUUCCGUGUUCUUAACUGUCAGCCACAGGGAGCUGCAGUUAGUAACUUCAUCAUCCGCUUGGCACUCGCAAUGGUUGCUUCGGAAAGUGUCAAGAUCUAUCAAGCAAUAACAGAUGGAACAGCAAAUCUAGUUGACAAGUUUUUUGAGAUGCCACGUGCUGAUGCUGUGAAGGCUCUGGAAAUAUAUAGGAAAGCCUGUCAGCAGGCAGAGAGACUGUCGGAAUUCUAUGAGAUAUGUAAAAGCAUGGAUAUAGGGCGUGGUGAAAGGUUCAUUAAGAUUGAACAGCCUCCUGCAUCUUUCUUACAAACAAUGGAAGAGUAUGUUCGAGAUGCUCCACGUGUGUCAACUGUUCGCAAAGAUCAGGUUGUGGAUAAUAAACUUGAAGCACCGAAGGAAAUAUUAGCCAUAGAGUAUAAGAAGGAAAUUGAGGUGAAGGAGGAGGAGGAACAUUCGCCAUCACCUCCUCCUCCCGAACCAGUGAAAGAGGAGAAACCUCCCGUCGUUGCACCACCUGAUUUGCUGAACUUGGAUGAUCCUGCUACAGUUGCUUCUUCAGAACUUGAUGAGAGAAAUUCCCUUGCCCUGGCUAUUGUCCCAGUGGGCGACCAACAACCUGCCACUGCACCAACCCAAGCAAAUGGAACUGGUUGGGAACUAGCACUGGUUACAGCUCCAAGUUCAAAUGAAACUACCGCUGCUGCUAGCAAGCUGGGGGGAGGGCUAGAUAAACUCACAUUGGACAGCCUAUACGACGACGCAAUGAGAAGGAACAGUCAGCCCACAAGCUACAACCCUUGGGAAGCUGCUCCAAUGAGCGGUCCAGUGAUGCAAGCAGCCCCACACGAUCCUUUCUUCGCUUCCAACGGAGUAGCUGCAUCUCAUAACGUGCAAAUGGCGGCAAUGGCCAACCAACAACAGGCUCUCAUGUGGCAGCAGCAGCAACAACAGAUGAUGAUGAUGACCACCCCACAAUUCCAACAGCCUGCAAAUCCUUUCGCCAAUGCUUAUGGGGCUCCGGUCCAUCCCUAUGGUUCAGGUAUGCCGCCUCCCGUGCAAUCUUACCAACCAUAUCCAGGAUACCUUUGAGCUGGAGGAAAAUGCUUUUUGUAUAAAGAAUGCACACAGGGAAAGAAAGAUCAACAUCCACAGAACAAAUUUCCAAAAUUUUAUCCAUCCUUCCUUUGCAGACCAUCUCAGUCGCCUCGUGUAUCAUAUUGUUACGUAAUGUGCAGCAGCACGAGUCGUGCUUUAGAUCUGAUGAUUCUUCUGAUUAUUUUUAUGGCUAAACGAUGAUUAGAAAUAAUGUUUUUUGCCCAAAACUUUGCCUUGGAUGUUGGAGCAUAGCAGGCGAAUUUCUUGUAAUGUCAUUCAUUCUUUUAUUUUGGGUGAGCUGUUGUUAAUUCCCAGUUAGACGGUAGAAAGAAACCCUAAACCCACCACCAUUUGUAAGAUCUGUGAUUAUAUAUCAACCCCAUUUUUACACAUUGAAGAGACAUUUGAGUUUGAUUGCAAAGUUCAAGUUGAUAUAGUUGUGUCAACUGUCAAGGCUUUAUACCUUUGGCACCUAAUCUUAUGUUUUUUUGGGGGGUAUUUUGGCACACUCUACUCUUCUUAACAUAAUUUCAUAUUCCAACAAUAUAUAUUAGAUUUUUUA